UGACAGUUAACACUGAGGAAGUAAUACUUAUUCCGCGAAAUAUUAUAUGCGUGCGCACCGCAUACUUCCUUUUCCGGAAGUUGAUCAAGAUGACAACAAAUAUCAGCAAGAAGCGAAAGUUCGUUCAAGAUGGAGUGUUCAAGGCCGAGUUGAACAACUUCCUAACCCGUGAACUUGCUGAAGAUGGUUACAGUGGGGUGGAGGUGCGUGUUACACCGACCCGCACUGAGAUCAUCAUCCUUGCCACACGCACACAGAACGUCCUUGGAGAGAAGGGCCGAAGAAUCCGAGAAUUGACAUCAGUUGUACAGAAGCGCUUUGGCUUCCCAGAAGGAACUGUUGAGCUGUAUGCAGAGAAGGUGGCUACUCGUGGUCUGUGUGCCAUUGCUCAGUGUGAGUCCCUGAGAUACAAGCUGAUUGGAGGGCUGGCAGUCAGAAGGGCGUGCUAUGGUGUUCUGAGAUUCAUCAUGGAGUCUGGAGCCAAGGGCUGUGAGGUAGUGGUGUCUGGCAAGCUGCGAGGUCAGAGAGCCAAGUCCAUGAAGUUUGUGGACGGUCUCAUGAUCCACUCUGGUAACCCCAUCAAUGACUACGUGGAUACCGCUGUCAGACACGUCCUCCUCAGACAGGGUGUUCUGGGCAUCAAGGUGAAGAUCAUGUUGCCAUGGGACCCGACAGGCAAGAUCGGCCCCAAGAAGCCACUUCCCGACAAUGUGAGUAUUGUGGAGCCCAAGGACGAGGCCCCGCCCGCGCAGCCCUACAGCGAACAGAAGGGAGCCAAGCCACAGGACGCUGUGCAGACCCCACAACAACCCAUCAUGUAGACUUUUCUGUACAUUAUUGUGUGAUAAAGGUCCUGUCAGAGAGA